AUGGAGUGGGGUCUGCUCGAAGGUGGGUACCUGGACCUUCUCAACAGCAGCAUUGACCCCUGGCAGCUCUACCACCGCUGUGACCAGAGGGACCUGGCUGCAGAUGAAACUGACCUCUGCUCAGAGCCUGACACGGACACCAUCAACUGUGACCAGUUCAGCAAGCUGUUGAGGGAGAUGGAAGGUGAUGAAGAGACCAGGGAGACCUAUGCCAACAUUGCGGAUCUGGACCACUACGUGUUCCAAGACUCCCAGCUGGAGAGCCCAAGCAAAGACAUUUUCAUAGAGCACAUGGGAUCUGAAGACGUGGUUGGUGAGAGUGUGGAGGCACCAACAGAAGCAGAGCAGAAAAGUCAGAAGAGAUCUUUCCCAGAGGACCUGCCCGUGGAUGUGAAGCACAGGAAGCUAGAUGAGCCCCCUGCUGGACCCAACAUGACCCCAGCCUUGCCCUGCCCAAGGUUGCCAGUUCUGCUCAACCAAGAGCCUGCACCCAGCCUAACCCAGCUCGGGGAGAUGGUCAUGAUGCCUGUGCCCCCACCCAGGCCCUUGCUCAGCUGCCUGCGUCUCCCUGAUGGAUCGAUCCAGGUCAUCCCCACCCUGCCCGCUCUUUCCCAGGGGCUCUGCCACAUCUCAGAGGCUGGGCCAGGGGUCCCCAGUGUGCUCGUCUACCAUGGUGCAAUACACCAGGCCAGCCCAGUGCCCCCUUCCAGCAGUGUAACUGUCCACAGCCUCCCCAAGUCUCCAGAACGGCCGGGAUCCACCAGUCCCUUUGCCCCAUCAGCCACUGACCUGCCCAGCAUGCCCGAGCCAGCCCUGACCUCCCGCACAAACAGGCCAGAGGAUGUGCUGUCCCCCAACCAAAGCCCAGCAGAUCUCAAGGUCUCCAGCAAGAUCCCCAAAUGGCCUGAGGCGGUGGAGCGGUUCUAUCACUCGCUGCGGGAACGCUAUCUGGCCCAGCCCACAGGCCCGGAUGAUGAGCUGGUGGAGGUAGAGUUGGUGUGGACACGACUGGAGAGGAGCAGUAGCAAGGGCCAGGAGAGGGAGCUAGCCACCCAGAACUGGGCUGCGAGGCGGCUGACCCAAGGGGGUCUGGCAGAGGUGCUGCUGGCUGCUGGUGAGCCCCGACGGCGGCGUGAGACGCAGGUGAUCGCUGUGCUGGGCAAGGCAGGACAAGGCAAAAGCUGCUGGGCCCAGGCCGUGAGCCGGGCCUGGGCCCGUGGUCAGCUGCCGCAGUACGACUUUGUCUUCUAUGUGCCCUGCUACUGUUUGGACCGUCCAGGGGACACCUACCGCCUACAGGACCUGCUCUUUGCCCCAGGACCCCCGCCAUCGCCACCAGGAGACGAUGAGGUCUUCCGUCACAUCUUGAGGCAGCCUAACCGCCUCCUGAUCAUUCUGGAUGCCUUCGAGGAGCUCGAAGCCCAGGAUGGCCCUCCGCCCAUGGAGCCUUGCUCCCUCCGGGGACUGCUCGCCGGCCUCUGCCAGCGUAGGCUGCUCCAGGGCUGCACGCUGCUGCUCACAGCCCGGCCGCGGGGCCGCCUAGCCCAGAGCCUGGCCAAGGCGGACAGGCUCUUAGAGAUGACUGGCUUCUCUGCCGAGCAGGCCGAGGCCUGCGUGACACGCUUCUUUGAGCCUUCUACUGAGCACCAAGAGAGUGCCCUGAAGCUGCUCCGUAACCAACCGUUCCUCCUCAGCCAUAGCUACAGCCCCGCACUGUGCCGGGCUGUGUGCCAACUCUGCCAAACCCUGGUGGGGCUAGAUGACAGGACCCAGCUGCCCUCCACACUCACAGGGCUCUUCGUUGGCCUGUUAGGCCCAGCUGCCUGUGACAGUCCCCCAGGGGCCCUAGUGGGGCUGGCCAAGCUGGCCUGGGAGCUGGGCCGAAGACACCGCAACACCCUGGGGGAGGCCCAGCUGCCAUCAGCAGAGGCUAAGGCCUGGGCCCUGGCCAGAGGCCUGCUGCAAGCCUGCCCAGGGCUCCCAGAGGCUGAGCUGGCCUUCUCCAGCUUCCUGGUGCAGUGCUUCCUGGGAGCAGUGUGGCUGGCUCUGAGCAGUGAUAUCAAGGACAAGGAGCUGCUGCAGUAUUUGGCCUUGACCCCACGCAAGAAGCGGCCGUAUGACAACUGGCUGGAGGGUGUACCUUGCUUCCUAACUGGGCUGCUCUUCCAGCCACCCUCCCUUGGCCUGGGAGCCCUGGUGGGGUCGGCGGUGGGCCCCCAGGUGGACAGGAAGCGCCAGGUGCUCACUCGGUACCUGAGGCGGCUGCAGACUGGGACACUGCGGGCCAGGCCACUGCUGGAGUUGUUGCACUGUCUCCACGAGGCGGGGGACCAGGAGCUCUGGCAGCAUGUGGUGGAGGGGCUCCCAGCCCACCUCUCCUUCCUGGGCACCCGGCUCACACCCCCCGACGCCCAUGUGCUGGGUGGGGCCUUGGAGACGUCCGGCCAAGCCUUCUCCCUGGACCUCCGCAACACUGGCAUCGACCCCACUGGACUGGGUAGCCUCGUGGCACUGGACUGUGUGUCCUGCUUCAGGGCCGCCCUGAGUGACAUGGUGGGGCUGUGGGAGUCCGUGCAACAGCAAGGGGAAACCAGACUGCUCCGGGCAGUAGAGGACAAGUUCACCAUUGAACCUUUCAAGGCUGAGUCGCCGAAGGACGUGGAAGAGCUGGCCAACCUCGUGCGGAUCCAGAGCACAAGAAGCCCCUCUGAAGAUGCCGCUGACCAGCUGCCUGCUGUCCGGAACCUAAAGAAGUUGGAGUUUGCGCUGGGCCCCGUCUCAGGUCCCCAGGCUUUCCCCAAACUGGUGACGAUCCUGAUGGCCUUUACCUCCCUCCAGCAUCUGGACCUGGACUCACUGAGUGACAACAAGAUCGGGGACAAAGGUGUCGCACAACUCUCAGCCACCUUCCCUCAGCUGAAGUCCCUGGAAACGCUCAACCUGUCCCAGAACAACAUCACCGACGUGGGUGCCUGCACACUUGCAGAAGCCCUGCCCUCCCUGGCUGCGUCCCUCCUCAGGCUGAGCUUGUACAAUAACUCCAUCAAUGACGCUGGAGCCGAGAGCCUGGCCCACGUGCUUCCCGACAUGGUGUGCCUUCGAGUGCUGGAUGUCCAGUACAACAAGUUCACGGCUGCCGGGGCCCAACAGCUCACCGCCAGCCUGAAGAAAUGCCCUCACGUGGAGAAGCUGGCGAUGUGGACUCCCACUAUCCCGUUUGGUGUCCAGGAGCAUCUGCAGCAGUUGGACUCCAGGAUCAGCCUGCGGUGA